AUGGCACGAGUUUAUGGACAGCUGGGAUUGAACUACGACUUGGAUGAUGGAAGACCGUUCAUAUAUUGCGAGAAGUUCGACCCGAAAUCCUGUGCACCAAAUGAUCCGCAAUGUCCGACGCUCGAGAAAUGCUAUGCAGAACCAGAAAAUCGAGCGCAGAGGCUUGGAUGCAUGACAGUUUUCAAAUAUGUAACUGAGAGGAAUGCCAGUGCUGAAGAACGAAAAAUUGAAGUUACCCUCAAGGGUUGUUGGCAGCAUGACAAGGAAGUUAUCGCCGACUGCAAG